AUGGGAAAGAAACAAGUGUGCCCACCUCGUGCCCUCCCUCCAGUGCCAAGUGGAAACCAAGAUGAAAUUCCACUCAGUCGUCCCAAAAAAAGGAAACCCAAAGGAAAGACUUCAUUAGAUGGCAUUGUCCAAGCAGCGGUUCGUCGGCAGUCUGAAAGCAGUGAGCCCCUAACUCCUGAACCUCAUGAUGGUCCUCCUCAGAGAAAACGCAAGAAGAAGAAAGUACCUACAGAUUCUGAAACCUCUUUUACCCAGCAAAAUGUUGCAUCCCUGUUUCAGAAUGGAAAUGGCAUGGAUGUCCCUGAAGCUGAAGAAACAGUGAUCCGUAAACAGAGAAAAAGAACAAAAAAACCUCGGCCAGCCGAAAUGCACUGUUCCAAUGAGCUGGAAGUGGAGGAAGAAGACAUCAUUGAAGAUGAGCACAGAAAGAGCCCGGAUCAGCAGCCUGUGUUUGCUGCUCCCACUGGAAUUAGCCAGCCUGUUAGCAAAGUGUUUGUUGAAAAAAAUCGGCGUUUUCAGACAGCUGACCGUGCAGAAUUGAUUAAAACCACUGAAAAUAUCAAUGUACUUAUGGAUGUGAAGGCUUUGUGGACUACCAGAGAUGUUGCCCUUUCAGUGCACCGAGGUUUCAGAGUGAUUGGACUCUUUACCCAUGGCUUCCUUGCUGGGUAUGCCGUAUGGAACAUCGUUGUUAUCUACAUUUUGGCAGGAAAUCAGCUUUCCAUGGUUUCUAACCUGCUCCAGCAGUAUAAAACACUAGCAUACCCUGCUCAAAGUUUGUUCUAUUUGUUGCUGUCUAUCAGUACAGUCUCAGCCUUUGACAGGUAA